UAGUCUGAAUUUCCAGAGGAAAUUAUUCUCAAAUAGCAAGUUAUGUUCCCUUGUAUCUGUCUCAAGUUUAUGCUGUUUCACCGAACACUUUAGCAUAGAGCUGUGUUUGGCUGAAGGAUCAAAAUAUUUAUGCUGUUUCACAGAACAGUUUAGCAUAGAGCUGUGUUGGCAGAAGGAUCAAAGGAUACAGGGUAAAGAGGUCAAUCGCGCGAUCUACCUUGAGCACUAUUAGUUUUGUUCUUGCUCCUGAAAAUGCUUUUCGCAUAACACUGGCAAUUAGUUGAUCCUCCCGUAUUCUACCAAUUCAUCAUAAAGGAAUCUGGUUUAACAUGCUUCUUCAGAGAAGAAUUCAUUUUCUUGAAUGGGUUCCUAAGACUUCUCCAGGUUCUGUUCAGUGACUGUAAAUACCAUCUGCUAAUUUUUCCUCUGCAGAUUACUUUUCUUGAUUGCAUAAUUACUGAUUGUUCAGAUUGCUUAUAAUUUGUUUAGCAUCUGAUGUGUACGUAAGCAUAACAAGCGCAUUAUUUACUAGACGAAAUCAGUCAGGUAUUGAAUGAAAACAUUCAAGGGUUUCAUGUCAGCUAACCAGAAACUGCAUAAAAUCAAUCAAGUUUUAUGUCAGCUAAGCUGUAACUGAUUAGAAAGAGUCAAUGCUUUCAUGUCAGCUAACUCAGGUGUUAGAUGAAUUAGUUGCUGGUUUCCUUUUCUUUUUCCCCUCUUCUAUUUGUUUUUCUUUGAGGUGAGAGUUCCUUGAUCCAAGAACAUGGUUUGCCAUCAUAACUCAUAACUUGAGAUUUGCCCCUUUAUUUUACCUAAUGACUUGACCUGAUUUAUCCUGAAAUUUUGUGCGUGUAAAAGAAAUAUGGAAGGAAGACAUUUCAGUCUAAAUACUCAAGGUUCAGGAAGGGCUGCUUAUGAUCAACCAGUGGCAGCUUGUGCACUAAGUGGAGGAAUUGAAUUUGCACCGCCCUUGCUGUACUAACAAGUAUUCAAAAGUCAUUUCCUAAUGCUUAAUAUCCCUGUGGCAGUUUAAUUCUAGACUAGAUAAUCAAAGACUGGAUUGACCAAUCAGCUUCAGAAAAUAAAUAUUCAAAACAAUGGAAGCAGGAGCAAGCAUUAGUCAAACAACAACCCGAUUCGGCACCCUGUUUGUUUUCCAGGACCCCAUGACAGUUACCCCCAACCGAACUUCCAAAGUUGUUGGUAUGGCAGAAGGAACAUCUGUAACAUCUAGUCUCGACGGGCUUACCAGCAUUUCUACUGCUAAGAUCAGUCUACAUCUCAAGCACCACAAAGGGUCAAUCUCCAUUGUUGGAGGCACGCAUAAUGUCAAGCCUGCUGAUCAUCCUGUUGUGGGAGGCACCGGCGACUUCUUGCUUGUACAGGGGUAUGUGACAUCGUCUCCAGUGGAUCUCAGUGGACUUACUGUUGUGUACAAGAUAGAAUUCCACCUGUAUUGGCCUCCAUAUGCAAAGCAACUUCACCUACCCUAACGCCAAACUUGAUAUCAGAAUCCUGAUCCAAAUAAAUGAUUAUUACUCGCAGAAGUUAUGGGAAUAGCUUUUAUCCUCCCUUCUUUUUCUAUAUGUAUCUGUUUUCAGCUUGGAAAAUGGAAAUUAGCAGAUUAAUAUGUGAAGAGCAUAAACUAAAGGAUCAAAAUUUGGCAGAAAAAAUUCAGCAACUUGCACUAUAUUUUCUGCACUAUAUAUACAGCUUGUUCUUCUUUAUCA